UCGUUCGCACAUGCAGUGUUGUCAAUAUAUUUUGCGGGUUAAAUUGUCUAGGGAAACCAUUUUCAAAGGAGAUAUUAAUGACACGAAUUCCAAUGAAUUUCACUACAAGGUAAACGAGGAAAUACAUUAUCUAAUUAAAAUAAAAUUUGGUUUUCUAAUGUGAAAACAUUUCUUUGUGAUCUGUAUAAAAAGAGUGGAUGUAGCAGAGGAGCAGUAAUUACUGACGCCCUGGAAAAAGGAAAACAAAGUCUGGAGUUGUUAUUUCUACCACCUCGCCAACUUAGCAAGAUUCGUGUGUCAAGAAAUGAAGUUUUAUGUUAUUUACCUGUGCCUCGUGGUUGCUUUGGUGCGGCCUACCUUAUGCAAGGACGAGAAGGACUACGUGUCGAAAGAUUCGUCCGCACUGCCUAAGGCUGAUUUACAUGGAACAACUCUCCAUUACCACUAUGAAAGCGAGGCCAAGCUGUUUGGUCCGGCAGAGGAAACAUUUCACAUCUCAGCUGAUGUAGAUGUGGAGUAUAUUGGAGAUGGCUUUGUAAACUACCUUGAUAACAACGCAUCGUCCUUCCUCAUGUUUAUGCGCAAUGUGUUUGUGCAAGUGAUUAAGGGAAAUGGCACGACCUCCGAGUCCGAGGCUCCCCUGUCUGCUGACGACCUGUAUGACCAGCCUACCUGGUUUGUUCAACUAGGGAACGGAACUAUUGCCGAGGCUAGGUUUACCAAGAAAGAUUUAGGAAAUACAGAUGUCAUGAAUUUCAAGCGCUCCAUUUUAUCAGCACUUCAAACAAAUUUGGUUCGUGACAAAGAAAAUGUCAUAGAGACAGACGUCAUGGGGACACACAAUUCACGUUAUAGUUUAACAGAGCUGCAGUUUGGAGAAAUAGAAGUCAAGAAGCACGUUUCCUCCAAGGACAUCUACGUCGACAAUAAUACUGACUUGGACACCGACGAAGUGGACAUCGAGACUGAUGAAGUCCAGCGUGUUAGUGGAGGUAUACUGACCAGCGUCUCCGGACACGUGCAGGUGUUUCAAAAACCCGUAGAACAGGAUGACACUACUGCCAACCCUGAGGAAGGGGGUAAUAUUGACCUUGGGGUAUAUUUGACCUCUAACGUGACCUUUACCUUGACCUUGCGUAAGCACGUUAAGCGUUCCGUUGAAGGCGUUCAAAGAAUUGAAGCAGUGGCCAACGCACAAUUCCAGAAACGGUCCUUGGUUGGACAGUAUGACCAGGUGUCUGGUGUGUACCAAAGAUGGACUAUUCUGAGGAAAAAGUUCGAUAAAGAAGAUAAGCUAAGUCAAGCUGUGACAAACUUUAUGAAAGAUCCAACAGAUCCGUCAAAAUGUAUGUAA